AUAACGGCGAAAACUCGAUGUUUGUCUUUCCGGUCACAGCCUCCGAGCACACAGCAGAUGCCGCCGCUCAGGGGAGUAGCAAUUGUUUUGUUUUGGAUUGUCUACAUCGAUGCGCACGCCCUGACAGGUCGAAUUCGACGUCGCAGAGAUCUGCUGGACUUGGCCGACAUGUUUGACCUAGUGACAGGUCUUGAUCCCACGGACUACAUCCCUUAUGGAAACUGGUGUGGUUACGGCGGCCAAGGCAAACCGAUUGACCUUAUAGAUAGGUGCUGUGAAAUUCAUGAUUCGUGCUAUGGAGAAUCAGAGAAGAAGUGUUUUAACGAACAAAUACAUGUCGUUCAAUAUGAGUGGGCAAUAGAAAAUGAAACUAUCAUAUGCAGAGACUCGAAUGUCUGCGAAGAGAGCGUGUGCCAGUGUGACAGAGAAGUUGUCGAGUGCAUCUCCCUCCAUAACCACGUUUACAGAGAAGAGAAUCGAUUUAUCAGGAAGCCAAGAUGACGUUACAUUCUUUAGGCAAAUUAUUCCAAGACCUUACUUUCUGUGGACUCAUUUUCUGUGAUUACUAAAUUGAAUUGUUAAUUUUUCCUGCACGCAUUCACCGAGGAACUUGAAUAAGAGUUUAUUGAUGUUGCGUAAGAGUAACUCGCUUGUUGAUGGAUUAUACAGGGGAACAAUUUUAAACGAAAUUUCUGGUGGGUUAAGAUUUUUGAGCUGGUUCUGAAUACAGCAGGCAUUCUGCUUUCAGAACUGCAGUUCUCUUCUACCAUGUCAGGUUUUUUCUCUACGCCUUUUGUGAAUGGCACCCAUAUGACCGCUUUCCGCGGAGAACGCGUAUAACAGGGUUAGACUACAGAAUAUAGUGCUCUUAUAUUGGCUGAUAUAAACCUUUUUAAAUUGAAAUAAAGUAUUUCUUUUCCAGAAUAUAAUAAUAAUUAUUUUUGACAAGUUUUAAUUCACUUUAUGAGGAGGCUCCGCCUCCCGCUUACUCCGUUCGCCACCUGCGGUGGCUCAAUGCCGCGAUAGGAGACAGUUGAUCGUAAUGCUUUUCAGUGUGUCAGGACGUCCUUGGAUGUCCUCAGGACUCUUUCCAGCACUUUAUCUCCAGGAAAUCCGGCCCUCUAUCUCCGGUCCCUCAAAAUUUACAGGGGUAAGACAUGGCGGAAUUACUUACCCUAGGCGUCCUGUAUCCAACGGUGCCUGUAUUAACCUGGUAGACAUUGUAAAUCUGGAGGAGAUAGGGUUACAGACACACACACACACACACACACACGCACAGACAGACAGACGCGCACAGGUUUUAAUAGUAUAGAUUUUCAUGGUUAAAAAAAAAUCAGUAAAGAAUGCAAAACAAUUCCGUGUUCAUCGAAACAAAAAGCUCGUUAGUCAACUCGCGAUACCUCGAAACCGUAUUACUCGAAUAUUUCUUUACCUCGAAGUUUUCAUAGUGUCCCAAAUUCUGAAGAGAGUUGUAAGAACUUCCCAUGAGUCGAACUACCAAUAGCUCGAAAAUUUCGUCAGUCCCUUGGAACUUCGAGUUAUUGAAUUGAGAGUUGGCAAUAUUUGGCAUUAUGUUUACAAUGCAUAUCAUGACUGCUCACUUGGAAAAUAUUUUUCUUUCUUCCUAUAUUUUUAAAAAAUGUUUCACAUUUUGCAAACUCGCCGCUUUGAGCCCUACGUAGCUUAAAAACUUGACAUGAUGGACUCGAACUGAGAUCAAUUUUGGACUCAGUGGCCAAAAGUUAGUCACACAUCCAAGUCGGCCAAAUCUCCGUUCCCCAACAUUAACCAGGCAGCGAACUUUCAUAUCCUCAAGCUUAUUACAGCACUUGUUAGCAAAUUCUAUCAGCUCGAUUUAUUAUUUCGUACUUUUUUUAAGCCAAAUAUUUAUUGUAUCGCUCCGUAUAAACGUCGAUUUGUGUACAUAACCUUUGCAUUAAAAAUGUCAUGUGCUUUAAUUUUGUAAAUUGUUUUAAUAAAAACUUGUGCUCGUG